AUGGCUACCUCUAGUUUGGAGCCACUCCUCGGGGCGUCACCCGUCGAUGUUCGAGGGUUUCUCGAGAGUCAGGGGGCUGCUGACAUAGAGGAGAAGGAGUACUCGGACUGUGGUUAUAUACAAUCGAAGUCUCUGGGCAUCAGUAUGCGGCUGAAGGGCGAUCGAGUCGACUGCAUCUAUGUUUACACGUCUAGUGCCAAGAAUAAGGGUUACACACGAUACCAAGGAGAUCUGCCACUCUCGUUAUCGUUGGACUUUCGGUAUAGCGACGUUUCUAAGAAGCUCGGAGUGCCUGUGGAUCGCGAAGGUGGGAAAGGCAACAUGGAGUGUGUUGCAGUGUAUGAGCUCCUGGGAGUGGAGGUCGGCUUCGACUUUCGAUUCUGGGAGGAGUGCAAUGACAAUACAAAUCCAGAAGUACUGUAUUACUGCUUCUUUAACAAGUUAGAGGAGACUGAUAGGAUGUGCGAAGUGUGCGGUAAAAUUGUCAAAGCGUCAUCACUGAUAGAAGACUCCGAGAGUCAUGUCAGGAGGGAUGACUACAUCGAAAAGCACCGUUGUGGAACAUUCUUCUAUUUUGGGACGAUGUCUCGUAUGUUGAAGUCUUUCGUGGCCGUGGCUACCGUAGAAGUUGUCCUUGCUGGACAGUGCUCAACCAAUGAUCAUGAGUUCUGGAGCUCCUAUGAUCAGACGUUCAGUGAUUUUCUCACUGGUUGUGCCAAGAAAGAGUGGGGAAGCGCAGAGAAGACGGCGAAGUGCUUGACGAGCGAUCCUAGGAGUGACUUGUCUGCUCCUUGUGCCACCUGUUUCGGUGAGUAUGAGAACUGUGCGAAAAGUUCGAGAUGCCGGAGUGAGCUGGAGACGUGUACCGGUUAUGGAUCUGCCCAACUGCCUCCUCGUCCGCUCGGGACUCUCAGCAAACUCCCAGUCCUUGGACAAUGCUCUGAUCAAGAUCAUGAUUUCUGGAGCUCUUAUGGCCAAGAGUUCAGCGAUUUUCUCACCGGCUGUGCCAAGAAGGAAUGGGGGAGUGCUGAGAAGACCACACAGUGCCUUCUGGGUGACCCUAUGAAUAAGCUGUCGUAUCCUUGUGCUUCAUGCUUUGGUGACUUCCAGAAUUGUGCGAAGGAUGAGUGUUGGUAUACCUGUAUGUGGAGCUCUACUUCCAGUUCGUGUCUGAGAUGUAUCGACAAAUCAAAGUGCCCUGGUGAGUUGGCAACAUGUAGUGGUUACACCGAAGAAGAAUUACCACCCAAGCCUAACACACCUGUCACGAGUCUGCCAACCACUACGAUGGCUCCGACCACAAGCACGACUAGUACUAGCACGAUGACGACUACUGAGAGCACAACUGCCUCUGUCAUGACAACGAGCUCAACGAGUACGAUAACGAGCACCUAUACUACGACGAUUGCGACCGGCGCUACCACCACUGCGGUUGUUACCCCUGUGGUCGAGGGCAAGUGCACAGUGGCCGAUUACAGUCUGUGGUCUAGCUACGGUCAAGCUUAUAGUAAUUUCAUCGCCUAUUGCGGAAAACAAGCGUGGGGAGAUGCUAAUGGUACGACGGAGUGCCUCGAGAAGUCUGGUCUGACUCCCACCUGUUCAGCCUGUUUCGGUCAGUCCGUUGGGUGUGGUAGAGACAAGUGUAUGUUCAGUUGCCUCUCUGGUCCGACAACAACUAAAUGCCUCGAUUGUAUCGCCAAGACAGAGUGCAAUCCGGAUCUUUACAAAUGCACUGGCUAUCCAGCCUCCGAGAUGCCCCCGGUUCCCACUGCUGUAAGUCCUUUGCCAGUGACUACUAGCUCCGUUACAACGGUGCCUGCUACUACCACUAAACUGGCUAUUGUCAACUCCACAACCACUACUACAAUUCGCAGUACCACGUUCCCCAGUACGAUCACCAGUAAAGCGACCACGGAAGCUACCUCAUUCACGACCACAACUCCGGUAAUGACCACACCUUCAACCAAGGCCACAACUCCGGUAAUGACCACAUCUUCAACCAUGACCACAACUCCGGUAAUGACCACAUCUUCAACCAAGGCCACAACUCCGGUAAUGACCACAUCUCCAACCAUGACCACAACUCCGGUAAUGACCACAUCUCCAACCAAGGCCACAACUCCGGUAAUGACCACAUCUUCGAGCACGAUUACAGUUGUGACCACGACAACACCAGUAGUGAAGGGCGACUGUACUGCAGCAGACCACAGUCUGUGGAAGAACUACGGUCAGGCUUACAGCAACUUCAUCGCGUAUUGUGGGAAACAAGCGUGGGGAAGUGCAGAUGGCACGACGAAGUGCUUAGAGCAGUCAGGUUUGACCUCGAGCUGUUCAACCUGUUUCGGACAAUCUGUUCAAUGCGGUAGAGAUAAGUGUAUGUUCAAGUGUCUUUCGGGUCCAACAACUGAUAAGUGUCUCGAGUGUAUCGCGAAGACGGAAUGUGAUCCUGACCUCUACAAGUGCACCGGAUAUUCAGCUGCAGAGAUGCCUCCUGUACCAACUGCUGUUGAGCCUCUGCCAAAGGCUAGCGGAGUUAGUGAUGCUACUACUACCAUACCUUCACUUCUUAUAUAG